UUUUUCGCAGAGAGCUCGCUGUGGUUGAGACUGAGCUGCUACGCCGAGUGUAACUUCACUUCACUUGAGACUUCUCAUCUUAGACAUUGAUUCAUCCGACCGGGAGCCAACGGAACCGCAGCGACGGGGACUUUUCCCUUCUUUCGCUCGACACGAAGUUUUGUUCAGUUUAUUCAGACUCCUGUUCCGUCGGCUGCUACCUCUGACGCUCCGAGAGCAACUCACUGGCGCUACAAUAAGUCAGUUAUUACAGAAUGGCUGACACAACCGCGUCCGGUCCCAGCUGCCUGGAGAAGCUGAAGAGCUACGUGAAGACGCCGAAAGGGUUUCUCCUCUCUGCGGAAAUUAUCAUCAGCUUCAUUAUCAUCAUCUGCUACGCUGCCUCUUAUCAUGGAGGCUACUCCGCUGUUGCCAUCUGCGAAAUGAUCUUCGCCAUGGUCUUCUUCGGCAUCUUCAUGAUGGAGCUCGACAAGCAGAUCCAAGUGGUCAACUGGGUCUGGAGCGAUCUUUUCCGUGCUGGAAUUGGCGCUGUGCUCUACAUCAUCACCUCUCUGAUCUGCGUGAUUGGAGGGGCUGGGGACGGCGCUCGUAUCGCAGGCGGGGUGUUUGGUUUGAUCGCUGGCCUGCUGUUUGGUUAUGACACCUACACCAUCUUCCAGCAAAUCAAGAGCACCAGGCAGCACUCGGCAGCUUCCACCGAUGACAGAGUUUAAACACUACAAGAUUCAAGUCAAGAACGCAGCAGAGGUGGAGCAGUUUUUUUGUUUUGUUUCAAAGGUUAAUGAAAGAGCGGACAAGAGGAGACGAUGGACAGUCAAACGGACAGGUCACAUUUUAUUCAAAGGCAGUGUUUGGUGGGGACACAUUUUUUUGUGUGUGACGGGAGACAUAGUGAGAGUGAGUGGUACUGUACACCUGUGCCUCCUACACAAGGAAUACUCCUCAAAAACAUCACUCCAACCUCAACGUACCACUGAUUCAAAAAGGGAAAACUGUAAAUACUAAAGGCAAUGGUUGAUGUCACCCAGCAGCUUGUCUUAUACACGUCUACUGUUAAUGGACUGCUGUAGUGAGUAGUAACUGUGUCGUUUGGACUUAAGAAGUAACUGACACAUGAAUGGGUGCUUUAUGGAUUGUUUAACAUUAUAAUGCAUUUGGCAAGUGUUUGUCUGUCUUUUUGGAGAGGUUUUUAAGAUGGUCAAACAUUUCCUUCUAUGUAACUUAAUUAAAUCUCUUCAGAUUAUGCUCGCUGAGUGUUGCCGUGCCUACAGUGCCUAAUCACUUCCUUCAUCCUUGAAUUGGCCUAAUGUCAUUGAUAAACAAUCUUUUAGCUUUCGUUUCACUAGUCAAGAGUUUAAUCUGUAUUGUAGAUUUCCAUUAACCGUCACACACAUGCCAAUUAUUUGAAUUACAGUGUCAUCCUACAGUUUCUACUUUAAUUCAUGCUCAGGUUGAAGUUGUCUUUUUUUUUUUCUUUUUACAUGUUUAACACAUUUUUAUGGUGCAAAACAUAUUCUGUUGAGAGUUUAUACAGGUGGACAUUUUUUUUUAAGUACAUGUUGAUAUAGAAGAAGAAACAUUUCUAAAGAUAAAAAUCACAUAGUUGUAAAAUAUUCUACGUAAAUAUCACAUUAUUAAAACAUUCUGUAACUGUUUCCUCUACCCUUUCAUGGUUAUGUGUCCAAUGAAACGUUGCCUUAUUAUUUGUUUUUUUCCUAACAUGCUGAACAAGAGUCUGCAGUUUGUAACUUCAGAUUUCAAAGCAGCCUUGAUUUUGGAAAUAAAAGCCAUUUUUAUGACAAAUAAAUGCUUAUUUUGUAGCUUA